AUGAAAGCAGUAGCGCUCACCAAGCUUGUUUAUCUUCCUGUCGUCAUGGAAACUAAACAAAUUUAUGCGCUAAUGCUGAUGGGAAUGAUGACCAUAUAUGGAGCAGUAGCUAAUUAUGAAGGCAAAAGAAAGUGGCGUGCUCUGGGCUGUUACCAUAAYAAUGAGGACCGCCCUUAUUUGAAACACUUUCUYGGAUACGCCAAUCACACUGGCUCUCUUGCCAAAAUAUUUAAAGAUUGUAAGUUAAAGGCACAAGCACGAAAAUUCGACUACUUUGGAAUCCAAAAUAGAAAUGAAUGUUGGGGAUCUUGUCGUCGUGCCUACGACUCUUGCUCUGGAGACUGUAUCAGUAGAGCAAGUAARCGAAUUCGGUUCGGUGUGGGGCUGAAUAAGCGGACAAGCUUUGUGUAUUACAAAAAAGCAGGGUGGACAUUUUGUAUUUGUGGAGAAACUAAACGUCAGUACAGACAGACCUUASAGCGUGAUAGAGAUCACAACUGUCCAAACUACAACAAAAAGGUUGUUCAAAGAAAAUAUAAAUCCAGAGAAUGCUGUCAAGGUAAGGGAAAGUUGUCUACGUUCUAUGGACCCUGGUCGCCAUGUAGUGAGCUGUGUGGUCAUGGUGGAAUACAAACAAGAAACCGAACCUGCAGCCCUGAAAAUAAUAAGAAAUGUUCUAGAUAUCCCAAACAAAAAAUUCGCACCUGUAACUGCAGGAGCUGCCCAAGUAAGUAUAUGGCAACAAGGGUGCAAGUAGAAAUAAUGAGUUCCAAUUUUAGCUGA